AGCCGGCCACAUAUAACCCCUGCCCCAUAUUGACACACAAUGAAACAUCCCACCCAUUAACUUUAAACCUGUUAAUUCCUGAUACUUGUACCGCUGAGUCUUCCUGAGAGUCACACAAACAUCUAAAGAUGCCUGUCAACUACAGCGGGACAUGGGACAUUGUCAGCAAUGUCAAUUUUGAAGGAUACAUGGUCUCACUUGGCAUUGAUUUUGCAACGCGCAAGAUUGCCUCGAUGUUGAAGCCUCAGAAAGUGAUUAAGCAAGAUGGAGAUUGUUUCACAAUCAGGACAUUCACCACUUUCAGAAAUUACGAGUGUUCAUUCAGAAUUGGAGAAGAGGUCACAGAAGUGACUAAAGGGAUGGACAACAGGUCAUGCCAGACGGUGGUGAACUGGGAAAAUGAUAAGCUGGUGUGUGUUCAGAAAGGAGAAAAGAAGAACCGAGGGUGGACUCACUGGAUUCAGGGAGACGAGCUUCAUCUGGAACUCACUUGUGAGAAUCAAGUCUGCAAGCAAGUUUAUAAAAGGACUCUGUGAUCUUUUUAAAACCAUGUCAGACUUCAGAGAAAUGCAUUCACAGUAUUGAAUGAACUGAAAUGUCUUAUUUGCUUGUCCUGGGAUGCGUUCCUAGCCUCAUUGUAUUGUUUCUCACUGCUUGUAAUUUCUAAAUGUAUUA